AUGAAAUUGUUAUACCUUUUGGGAGCGUUUAUCUUAAUUGGCGGCACAGAUGCCGUUGACGACGGUCUGAUCUCACACGAAUCCAAUGUGGAAUAUGAUGGAAAGUUUCAUUACCAUUUCGAGACAAAAAACGGUACAAAGGUCACGCAGGAUGGUUUGCUUAAGCACGUCAAUGCGGAGCACGAUGGCGAGUCCAUUCAAGGGAAAUUCUCUUUCAAGACUAACGAUGGACAAGAAUUCGCCAUUUCCUACAUAGCCGAUGAAAACGGAUUCCAGCCAACAGGCGCACAUCUUCCCACACCGCCUCCGAUACCUGAGUCUGUGCUCAAAACACUUAAAUAUCUCGAAGAACAUCCCCAGCAAAAGAAAAAUUAG